UCGGACCAGGUGCCGGUCGGUAACAUCCCACGCUCGAUGACGGUCAUCUGCAGCGGCGAGCUGACGCGGCUCGCCCAGCCCGGCGAUCACGUUGCCGUCACGGGCAUCUUCCUGCCGCUGGCGCGAGCGCCCGGCUUUGCCGCGCUCACGGCCGGCCUGCUCAGCGACACGUUUAUGGAGGCGCACCGUGUGGUGCAGAUGAACAAAACGGAUGAUGAUGAGGCCGAUUGUGACCUGCUGACGGAGGAGGAAAUUCGCCUAGUCUCCCAGGAUGACUUUUACGAGAAAAUUGCCCAGUCGAUCGCGCCGGAAAUAUUCGGAAUGGAGGACGUGAAGAAGGCGCUGCUGCUGCUGCUGGUUGGCGGGGUGGACACCAACCCGCGCGGCAUGAAGAUCCGCGGCUGCAUCAACAUCUGCCUGAUGGGCGACCCGGGUGUGGCCAAGUCACAGCUGCUGGGCUACAUCGACCGGUUGGCUGCGCGCAGUCAGUACACGACGGGCCGCGGCUCGUCCGGUGUGGGCCUGACGGCCGCCGUCAUGAAGGACCCGCUCACCGACCAGAUGGUGCUGGAGGGCGGCGCACUGGUGCUCGCCGACCAGGGCAUCUGCUGCAUCGACGAGUUCGACAAGAUGGCAGAGCACGACCGCACGGCCAUCCACGAGGUCAUGGAGCAGCAGACCAUCUCGAUCGCCAAGGCGGGUAUCAUGUGCUCGCUGAACGCGCGCGUGUCGAUUCUGGCGGCGGCCAACCCUGCGUACGGCCGCUACAACCCGCGCCGCUCGGUGGAGGCCAACGUGCAGCUGCCGGCGGCGCUGCUCUCCCGGUUCGACCUGCUCUGGCUGCUCAUGGACAAGGCCGACCAGGAGAACGACCUCAGGCUGGCCAAGCACAUUACCUACGUGCACCAGAACUGCGUGCAGCCGCCGAGCCAGUUCGACCCGCUCAGCAUGCGCCUCAUCCGACGCUACGUGGCGCUCUGUCGUCGCAAACAGCCGACCGUGCCCGAGGCGCUGGCGGAGUACCUCGUCGGUGCGUACGUGGAGCUGCGCCGGGAGGCCCGCAACAGCCAGGACAGGACGUUCACAUCGGCGCGCAACCUGCUGGCCAUCCUGCGGCUGUCGACAGCGCUGGCCCGGCUCCGCCUGGUCGACGCCGUCGAAAAGGAAGACGUCAACGAGGCCAUGCGCCUGCUCGAGAAAAGCAAGGACUCGCUGAACGUGGAGGUGGACGGCAGCCGCGCUCAGCGCAACGCCAACGACGCCAUCUUCGAGCUGGUGAAGGAGCUGACCGGUGUCAGCGGCACCGUCAACUUCGCCCAGGUUCACAAUCUGUGUGCCAGCAAGGGAUUCACGCCCGACCAGCUGGACGCGUGCGUCGACAGGUACGAGGAGCUGGGCGUGUGGCAGCUGAACCAGGGCCGCACGCGGCUCACCUUCAUCUGAGCUCGGCCGGCGGGCAGUGCGGCCGGCGCUGGGACCUACUGCCGCCUCCGAUAUCCACGCCCGGCCCCCAGUCGCGGCGCCGGAGCAGGAACAUUGGACUCCCGAAUGAGACGAGUGGCGAUUUUUCAUUUCAUUCCACGUUGUCAAACCUGCGACAAGUUUGCACUUCACCGUGUAGAAAUAUAGUUUUUGAUGGA